UAUAACGAUUUUAUAAAUGUCUGAUACUGAAAGAAACUUUCUAUGAAAGCGACAAUCAAUACAAUUCAUGCGAAUGAGCCAAUUAUUCUUACGGAUAUCGUGUGUAUCUCUUAUAAGAACCGAACAUUUCUUACUGUUGUGUAUAUGUACAGAGAUCGCAGAGGUAGACUGAACUCAAAGCUACAUAAAACGUCAUUGUAAUACUAACAAUCAGGACAAAAAACAUCAUAAUCAUUUCUUCUUAAGUUUGUAGGAGAAGCGAUAUAAGCAAUAAUUAGCAAUGCAUUACAAGUUGCAAAUAUUAUACAUUAUUACUCUUAUAAUUUUAUUUUCAGUCGUUUUAACCGUAUCAAAGAUUACUUAUGUGAAUACGGAUAAAGAAAACAAUACACACAAUACAACAAAAAAUUAUGAUGUAAAAACAGAGGACAUUUCCGAAUCCAAUUACAACAUCAAUGUGAAUAUUCUUAAAGCUUUUGGUGAAUAUCUAUUAAUGUUACUUGGAAUAUUAUUAAUUUCCGGAGCUUUUUAUUGGAUUGGUGUGAAAUUAAGGAUACUGUGGAAAAAGUGGCCAAUCAGACACUUGUGGUUACGCAGACGUUUAGUCUCGGAUAUCGGACAAGAAAUGUUACUACCGAGAAUAUCGCGUAUUGGAAGCGACACAAUAUAUAUUAGCGAAAUACUACGUAAUCGCAGAAAUAGAAACGAAGAUGAACAGUGGAAUUGCACAAAUUUUAGCGAUUUGAGUGUAUAUAGAGAUGAAAAUUAUUCGAAUGAAUUUAUAGAACCAAGUGUGAAUAUUCACAGAGACAGAGCUAGACAUGUCCAGCUAAUUCCAAAAUCAAACAGCCUGCCUGAACGCCUUACAAGAUAUUUGCCUGGUGCUAGUAGUAGUCAAUCUGAUAGAUCUGAUAGUGAAAAAAUAAGAAAAACAAAAAGCAUGCCUGAAUAUAUCAAAGAUAUGUCUUCAAGAACUAUCCAGAAGCCUACCAGAAGCUUGCUUGGUUAUAGUAACAGUCGAUCUAAUAGUCCUGACUUUAGUGUAAAAGUAUUGAAAGUGACAGCUGAAGUUCAUGCAGAAGAUGAAGAUAAUUAGAGAUGUUUAGAUAAGUAUUAGAAAAAUUUAAAAAUGGCUAAAUGAAUGCAAAUACGUAAGAACCUGAUUUCAAAAUUUUAACUAAAAAAAGUAAACAUCAUACAGUGCAAUAGUAAGAUUUUAUAAAUAUCUGACGCUGAAAGAAACUUUCUAUGAUAGCGACAAUGAAUGAUUCGAAGGAGUAAAUUAUUAUUAAGAACAUCGAGUAUGUCUCUUAUGAGAACUGAACAAUUACUUGUAGCAUUGUAGUAUCAUAUUUAACACAAUUUUUUAUUUUAAAUUGUCCAGACUAUGUAUGUUUUGUCGAAACAUAUGCAAAUUAGUUAUAAGAUAAAAUAUCUUUUAGACAAAUUGACGAUUUAAUAAUGAUAAAAAAGGCUACUA